AUGGAAAGUGCAUUUGAAAUGAGCAUGUGUGGUGAACUAACCUUUUUUCUUGGACUGCAAGUAAAGCAGAUGGACACAGGUUUGUUCCUCUCUCAAAUAAAAUACGCUGAAAAUUUGAUCAAGAAAUUUGGUCUUGAAUCUAAGAAGAUAGUGAGCAAUCCCAUGAGUACCACCACUAAGCUGAGCGAAGACCAGGAUGGGAAAUCAGUUGAUCACGCAUUGUAUCGCAGUAUGAUAGGCAGCUUGCUCUAUCUCACCGCCAGCAGACCUGAUAUAUCUUAUAGUGUGGGAGUGUGCGCUCGCUUUCAAGCUAACCCUAAAGAAUCACACAUGGAAGCUGUCAAAAGAAUCAUCAGAUACAUCUCAGGUACAAUUGGAUGUGGCAUUUUCUAUACCUUUGACACUAACGUAGAAAUUGCAGGAUAUUCUGACGCUGACUGGGGAGGAAACUUGAAGGAUAGAAAAAGUACUUCAGGGGGAUGUUUCUUCAUAGGCAACAAUCUGGUUGCCUGGCAUAGCAAGAAACAAAAUUGCAUUUCUCUUUCUACUGCAGAAGCUGAGUAUGUUGCAGCUGGGAGUUGUUGCACGCAAAUGCUUUGGAUGAAGCAAAUGCUUCAUGACUAUGGCAUCCCUCAAGGUAAGUUGUCUAUCUUUUGUGACAACACUAGUGCCAUCAACAUCACUAAGAAUCCUGUUCAACAUUCUCGAACAAAGCACAUUGAUCUUUGA